GUGGGGGGAAAGUGAAAAUCACCGCGAGAAUUUAACUGCAGCAGGCAGAACUACUGUGAAAAUGAUGUGCUGAUGAUGCGAAUGUACUUCAGAUUAGCAAAUCAAGGGCGAAUGUCCGUAAUCAGAAAUGUCAAGUCUCGCUGUUUACAUGUUUAGGAAGUUGAUGAAUGAAAAGUUCAAAAAAUGACUUGAAUGUCAAUUAAAAAGUUUAAAUUUAUCCACA